AUGGUAGAGGUACUUGAGAAGCUGAAAGAAGCCCAACAUGGACACGGUGAAAACCCCUUCAUUUUCACUAUGGCCAAUGCAGAAGCCAUAUUCAAUAUGCUUGAUCCAAACAUGAAUGGCUUCAUCACAUAUCAGCAAUAUCAACACGGAUUAGAGACCCUUGGAAUCAUAAAUUACGACAUAAUGCCUCCAGGCAUCGGUCGGAAUGAGAUAACAAAGGAGGCCUUCCUGGCAGAAGCUCAGAGGGGAUUAGAUUACUACUCGAGCACAUACCAGAAGAUAUCUGGUGUCAAGGAUGCACAUGUCGCAAAAGACGAAGAGGAAGAAAAAGUAAUUGAAAAAUGUACGUGCUAG